AUGUGUUACAAAUGGGUGCUAAUUCUGUUCCUUGCAGUUGUUAAUCUCACCGUUGCAAGGAAUUCCAAUUAUCAAACACAGUCAAAUGAGCAUAUGAUGAGUUACCAGCAUCAGCCAACCACUGAUCCAGAAAAGCCGGUUAGUCUCAAUUACGAUCCUCCCAUCAGACCCAACCAGCAACGACCUAUACAAAGAAAGCUCCGCAGUGCACGUCCAAAGAUUGCAGUUCCAAACAUUGCAGUUCCAAAACACAAUCCAAUAAAGUCCCGAAUCCCAGGAAGGCAUGUCCGGCCACCUCCAUCCCAAGCAUUCACAUUCCAGGACAACAACUAG